CAAUUAAUGCGCUGUGCACGCCCAUACUAGAACGUUCUAAUUUAAAAAUAUAAAGUUGUUCUAUAUUUUAUGAGAUGCCGAAUAUUAUGUGUUUCUGAUAACAUUUAAGAUUAUAAAGCUUCGUAGUUAUUAUUUAGUGGCGAAAACGUGAAGUGUUUUUGUGCGAGUUGUUAUGGAAGGCGGUACGAAAAUACGUCAUGCGACGAAAGAAGAUAUGGAUUCUGUGGCUGAUAUGAUUCAAGAGCUUGCUGAUUUCGAGAAAGUGGAAAAAGGACCAAAUAUAUCGGGAAUAGAUCUCCGUCGUGAUGGCUUCGAAACUGAGCCACCUUUAUUCCGCUGUCUUGUGGCUGAACAAAUAAAUGAUCGUAACAAGGAGUUGGUGGGAUACGCUCUGUACUUUUCGUCGUACUCGACUUGGCAGGGUCGUGCCUUGAUGCUACGGGACAUCUUCAUAAAAGAGCGAUGUAGGAAACAGGGCGUCGGCAAGAAACUCUUCAACGCAGUCGCUAAGGUAGCGUCUUCAUCUGGUUGCUCCCGUCUGGAGUUCCACGUGUUAGGUUGGAACGAUGCUCGGUCGUUUUACGAGUCACGUGGUGCAAGGGACCUGACUGCAGCCGAGACCUGGCGCUACUACCGCCUUGAUGAUGACGCCCUACAUGCAGCUGCUAGGGAAGCUGACAUAAUAUAUUGAAUCCACUACACCAUACAUUACGUAACAAGAUAAAAGAAACAACGUAUCAAGACUAGUUUAGUUUUUUGAACAUGAAUGUCUUCUGUCACAGCACACUCGCUCGUAGUACAGUUUUCCUACACACGGUGUACGGAAAACUGUCAAUAUAAACGCGUAUAUUUAAAUAAAACUCUUUGUUUUAUAGCUGGGUAGCAACUGACUAAUGGUUUAAAAUAUGAGCUUAUAACUAACACAAUAUUAGGAGUAGAGGGGUUGCGACGCUAACAAAAACGAACUUUGCUUAUCUAAGAGUUCAUAAAUCUAAAUGAAACUCAUAUUAUUGGACAUUAUCCGAAACGAGAAUCUUAAGAUACAAUUUAUAAGUGCGGUAAAAACUGUUUCUACUUGUUUACGCUUCUUAUUAGUAACUAAAAUAUUUUAUUAUUUAACUAAAGUUGUGUUAUAACUCGCGGCAGAUUUUUUUUUGUGAUCUAUUAAUAUUUAUUGACUGUGUUUGUGUGCGUGUUGAUAUGUCUGAGCACUCAGAGUAAGAUGUUGGAUCACUGUUUUUACAAAAUAAACCUACGUGAAGUAUUUUUGUU